AUGGAACUGCUAGAGGGCAUGAACAUCUACCCAGUAUUCCACAAAUCACUACUUAAGAAGGCACCACAGAACGCCACACCGGGACCCGUACUGGUCCACGAAGAAACACAAGAACCCCUGUACGACGUGGAAGGGAUCCUAAAACACCGGGGCACCAAACGCCAACGACAAUACCUGGUCAAGUGGUUAGGAUACGAGGACAGCGAAAAUACCUGGGAACCAGAGGAGAACUUACCCAGAGAGAUGAUCAUUAAAUACCACCGCCACGACCGACGCCACUAA